AUGCUGCUCGCUCGCAGCCUCUCGCACAGCGCCACCCGACACGCCACACGCGCCACCUCGCUCGACGUCGCCAAGCUGCGUCCCACCUCGCUCCUCGCCACCGCCACCGCUCUCAUCGCGCUGCACCAGCCCGUUCCCGCGUCGUCCCUGAGCUUCUCCCCCUUCUCAACGAAUCCUCACUCGCAGCAGCAGCAGCAGCAGCACCAGCACCAGCGCGCCUUCUCCCUCUGGUCCCGCCCCGCCGCCUCAUCCAACAAGAUGGGAUCCAGCGCCUCGUCCGCCGUCGAUCCCGCCUCGUUCCCAAAGGGCAAGCCGGACUCAGAGUGGCGCGCCCAGCUCUCGCCGGAGCAGUUCCGCAUCCUCCGCCAAAAGGGCACCGAGAUGGCCGGCACGGGCAAGUACAACAAGCACGCCGCCCAGGGCGUCUACACGUGCGCCGGCUGCGACACGCCCCUGUACAAGUCGACGACCAAGUUUGACAGCGGCUGCGGAUGGCCCGCCUUUUUCGACGCCAUCCCCGGCGCAAUCGACCGACACGUCGACCGCACCUUUGGCAUGGAGCGCAUCGAAAUCACCUGCAAGGCCUGCGGCGGUCACCUCGGCCACGUCUUCAAGGGCGAGGGCUUCCCCACCCCCACCGACGAGAGGCAUUGCGUCAACUCGGUCUCGCUCAACUUCAACGACGACCUCAACAGCGGCAAGUAG